AUGAAAAAGAUAUAUAUUGGCAAAACUGCCCUGAAAACCCAGAGAAAUGGUUGCAAACAUCAGAAGAGAAGCUCCUUCCACGACCACAAGGACGACCUCCGUAAGCGCCUGUCAUACACCACCCACAAACUAGAGAUGGUGGAAACGGAGUUCGACUCUACUCGGCAGUACCUGGAGACAGAGCUGCGUCGGGCCCAGGAGGAACUGGAGAAAUUCACAGAGAAACUUCGCAGGAUCCAGAGUAGCUAUGCAGCUCUACAGAGGAUCAACCAGGAUUUGGAGGACAAGAUGCACAGGACGUCCCAGCAUCAUGAAGAGGAAAAGAGAGCCCUCAGCCGGGAGAUCAUUGUCCUCAACAACCACCUCAUGGAGGCGAAGAUCACUAUUAAUAAGCUCAGAGAGGACAAUGACCUGUACAGGAAAGACUGCAACCUGGCAGCCCAGCUGCUGCAGUGCUCUAAGUCUCACUACAGAGCACACAAGAUGUCUGAGCUGCCUUUGGAUUUCCAGGAACGCAUCAGUUCCCACAUGGAGAAACAUAAUCGGGGUAGUGGAGCCACCGUGGCAAUGCGCCACUCCAAUUACUCUGAUGCCGUGCCCACAUCCAUAAUUGCCAAGGUCCUGGAGAAGCCAGAACCAGGAAGCAGUUGCCCUGUAACACGAUCACCAAGCCCGCAGCCGCAAGAUGGAGACUUUCUUACAGGAACCGGAAGCACUGAUCACCUGAACCGCCGCAUUGCAUAUAAGACAUCUGACCUGUACUGCAGCGAUACAGCCCUCUACUGCCCCGAAAGAUGGCAAGACACAGAGCGCAGGCAGAGUGUCGACCUUCACGGCACUGGGCUGCUUCAGCUCCACGCCCAGAACUCCACUGACAGCAACCCGGACGAAGAGGCCUACCAGUCUGGAAGUUUCUCUCACCAUGAACCUCCAUCCUCCUUCCACCACCAUGACGAGUUUGGCACUGGUAGCCUCCCUGCUUCCAGUUCUUACUCCAGCUUCAGUCUUGCAUCAGAUGAGAAAGGAGGAGUUAGUGGUGGGUGCGGGCGAACUGCCAGCAGCACCUUAUCCUCUUCCCACCAGGGACUCUAUAUGGACUGGCGAGAUGGUGGCAGUGGGGACUAUGAGCGCAAAAGCAUGUCUUCGUAUGAUAAAGACAGCCUGAGCUUCCCUAAGUCCCGCAGCAUCCAGCACAUGGUGACCCCCAGGAGCCCGCAAAAGGGCACCUCACCAGCAUACACACGGACGGCUUCAUGCUUCAGUGAACCAUACCACUCCAGCACCCCUCGCCUGGCCUCUUCUCACAGUAUGGGGUCCACAACCGGACUGGGCCAGGCUCGUGGUGGAGCUCUGGACAGUCGAGGCGACAUCCAGGUCCCUGAGGAUGACCUGAGCAGCCGCUGGAGACAGCUCAGUGUGGAAGACAUCAACACCUUCUCAUCGUCCUAUCGUAACAUCACAGGGCGGGUCUCUCCAUACAGUUUCUCCGAGCGCCACUUCGCCAUGGGCCCCUCCAGUAAGGUCAAGGGUUCUCUCUACAGCAGCUUCCAAGAAGGAGAUGACGUCUUCCAUAGCCGCAUGCUGGACCAGUGUUUUGCUCUGGGUCCCCCUUCGCCCAGCCGCAGUCCCAAACCUAUGGAGCAUCGUAAGCAGGAGAAAACUUCUGUUCUGUAUAGAGCCAAGGAUGAUAGUCAGGACUCAGAGUGCAGUCUGUUCCUCUCAGGGAGCUCUAAAGACAAGGAAAGUAGUGGAGGAGCGACGGCCGCAAGUAGCGCCAAGAAGGACUACGUCAAUCUAAGUGCAGACAGCUCAGCCGAGUCCUUACAUCAAAGUUCCCUCGAGGCCUCAAGUCUUCAGCAUUACCCUAGCCCCCGGCCGAGCAUCCGGCCUCGCCCGAGCUCCAGCUCCGCUGUCAGUGUCGGCCCUGCACUCCCAAAGAAGACCUCUCCAAGAUACCAAAAAUUUGGCAGCACGGGACUGACAAGGAAGGACAGUUUGACCAAGGCACAGCUAUACGGUACGCUGCUGAACUGAACGAAGAAAGAUAGCUUUUCGUUUUAU